AUCACGUUUUCAUGGCGACGCGCACGCGCAUGUAUUCGCGUUUGCUUGCUGUGUUGUCUUAGAACUGAAGUUUCGCAAAAUGUAUGUCUAGCUUUCACGUAUCAUUUACGCUUAGCUGCUCGAUCAGUACCAGUCAUGAGCCGAGACAAGAAAGUAAAGCGCUCAAAAACCGGUAACGAUGUCUCCAACUCCGGUUCGGGGCCGAAUCUCCAUAUGGACUACUUCCUGAUAGAGGAGGAAGACUCAAAGACACGUGACCCCCAGGAUGAUGAGGCUGUCUUCCGCAGGAUCUGCGGCGAGAUUCAGGCGAACAUGAAGAAGAUACUGGAAAUGAAACUGCAGCGUAGACCCGUGGCUGACGUUGAAAAACUUCGAGUGGAGACAUCCUUGCUGUUCCUGGGACUGAAGAAAAUCAAUCGCCUGGACAAGCACCGACUCAAAGCGGCAAAGGAUGCCGUCAAUGAGAAGAAGCAGAAAGUGGACAACUUCCACCUCCAACUGCAGAACCUGACCUACGAGGUGAUGCAUCUGCAGAAAGAGGUGACCAAGUGCAUGGAAUUCAGGUCCAGGGACGAGGAGAUCGAUCUGGUACCUGUGGAGGAGUUUCGCAGGGAGGCACCGGCGGAGGUUCUCAAGAAGGACCUGACCGAUGCUGACCCACACCAGCUGACCCUGGCAAGGCUGCAGUGGGAGCUUGUACAAAGAAAAGAGCUGUCCCAGAAGCUGCGGGGCCUGGAGUCCUUGCGCGAGCAGUACGACCGCGAAAUUGAGCGCAAGCGCGAGUGCCUGUCCGGCAUCCAGCCAACACUGCAGGCAGUGCUGGAGGCAGCGCAACCCCUGCAAGCCGACCUGGGCCUGCCUCUGCAGGCCCACCAGGGGGAGCACGCCAACGCCCAGUACCUGUCGAGGCCCCUGUACGUGCUGUACGUCCAGGCGGCCGCCUACCAGCAUGCCUACGGUGAUUGCUUUGAGGUUGGCAUGGAAGGCAGCGUGGAGGAAUCCAAGGCACUUCUUGAAACGACGCAAGAGAAACAAGAGGAGGACAGUGGAGAAUCGGACCAGGAGGAAUCAAAUAAGGGA